AUGUCCCACCCGCUAGGCAUCAUUUUCUGGUUGCUCUCUCUCGCGUGUCUGGCCAGUGGCAUGGCAAACUACAUGAAGACAGUCACCAAGUACGCUGGACGACGUGCACUGGUACAGUCGGGGAUUAAAACGCAGCUGAUAUUCGGCGUGGUCGCGACAGCCAUCAUUGCGGCGUGCGCAUUGUUCCUGGGUGCAGCGGCACAAGCUGUAGGAUGA